UUAUUUUUCCUCAUAUUACAAGUCUAUUCUCAUAAAAUUGCGACUCUGUUCUCACACACCGUCUCAGUUAUUAAUAUUGUGCGGAACAAACUGUUGUAUUUUAUCCUUUGAUACGUUGAAUCUUGUGCUAUUAAUAAAGACGUGCAUUGCUAGUUUAUUCAGCCAUCUUGGCUCACACACCCACACCAAUUAGUUGACACAAUACUACGGUAUCCUGUAAGGCACAUUCAUAUAGCAAACGCAAAUGAGAAUGUUACACAAACUAGUCAGUUUGCGGCAUCAAUAACAAGUUCCAUCGUGGCCAAGAAAGAAGAACUCAAGGAAGCUCGUGUUGUGAAAGUGGUAAAGGUGCUAACAAAACAAAAUAGUCUGGCUCCCCUCUUCUCUCAGUGGCUGCUCCUCACCAUUUCCAAGUCUUCCACAAAGGGCAUCCACACGUCAGGGGGCGCGCCUGGACGGGAACAUGGCGGAGGCCGGAGCGGCGACACUUCUGCACCGAUUCUUCUGUCACUGCUGCAAGCGUGAAACACAGCCCAAACUCCCGGACUUUGUCUGCCCCAGGUGCAAGUCUGACUUUAUUGAGGAGGUCGCACAUGACUCCAGACUCCUGGAGAACAGCCCACCAGAGACGAGUGAAGAUUCCAACUCAUUGUUCUCAGAAUUAUGGCAGCUGCUGUUUAUGGAGCGCUCCGCUCUGCUGUCGCACCCGCCAGAGUCGGACUCAGAGGACGGCGAGCAGUUGCUUCGCGGUCAAAGUUGUCUUCCCCUAGUCUCACCGGGCAAUGCUGAGGUCAGAGAACUGCAGCUGCUGUCCCAGUCUGAAGAGGAGAGGUCACCCCGACCCGAACAAAGGCCUGAAGUGGAAGGGUGUGUGACAUGGAUCGUGCAGCAGUUUUUGGCCGACCUGUUUAUGAGCAACGGAAACCCCGCCGCAGCACCAAUUGCACUAUCCGGCAUGCUGCAAUUGUACUCAAACCCUGGAGAUUAUGCGUGGGGUCAGGGAGGUCUGGACACAGUCAUCACAGAGUUGUUCGGACAGUUGGAGAACACGGGUCCACCCCCUGCUGAAAAGGACAUGAUCUCAUCCCUGCCUACAGUUUGCAUCUCUCAAGAGCAAAAAGAGUGCAGAUUGGAGUGUACAAUUUGCAGGGAGGAGUACUCGUCUGGGGAAUCUGUCAGGAAGCUACCUUGCCUCCAUUACUUCCACAGUGAAUGUAUCGUACCCUGGUUGGAGCUGCAUGACACCUGCCCCGUGUGCCGAAAAAGCCUGGACGGUGUGGACAACAGCUUCCUCCCACACGCAUCGCAAUCCCCCGAGGGUCGCUUCAUCAGGACAGAGCAACAGUAGAGGCAAGCCAUCGGAAAUCCGGCAACGCUACCUCGUUCAUGGCGAGAAUUAUUGCCGCUUUUGCACAUCUUUGCUCAGGAGUCCUUAUUUUCUGCUCCGACAUACACUACAUUGCUCAGCAGUAAUCUAACAAGACUGCUUUUCUUGAAUGGCUGACCCAGUCUUGAAGUUGUCGACACAAGCUGCCAGUUGUCACACUUCACGGAGUUCACAGAUUUGGCAGUUGAGACUUUUCGAUGACAAACAUCGCCCUAAUCCCAGCACCUGAUCUCAAUCAAGGUCACAUAAUUCUGUUUUUGAAGCAGUUAUUAAAGUGUGAUCACUUCUUGUCCUUUUUUUCCCCAUGCUUAUUUCAAGUUUCCAUAGAAAAUCAGGCUUUUUACAGGCUGCUUUUUCCACAUUUUCCGUUAACCACGUGGUUAGGCUUGUUUCUUGACGCCCAUCUUGCGUAUUUGUAUGGUUGGUUUUCACUCUUUGUUGUAGUUUACACAAUGUAGUAGCAGUGUAAACCGAUUAAAGGGACUAGAUGCAGCAUAUUCCACCAGCCGCCAUCAUUUUAACAUGCGGCUAGCAUUGUAUCCUGUCUAUUCCUGCUUCGAGUAUGCUGACGUAACACGCACGCACAUUAGUUGUGUUUGUUGUAAGCUAAUGAUAGCAAUUUGGCAAAGUUUAGCUGCUAAACUAUAAAGUCGUCCCUCGCCACUUCACACUUCGAAUCUCGUGACACUAUCAGUUUUUGAUAAAUAUAUUCAUUUUUGCAUCAUCGCUGUUUCGUGGUUGAAUACGGCUUAUUAUUACCCAAAAAUAUCCAUACUUAAGCAAAUUAACCAUUUUCAAGCAUUAAAAUGGCUAUAUAACUAAAAUACAACUAUAAGGCAUUCAGAAGAUGUUGUCAUGAUGUGUAGUAUUCUACACAGGGCACUAGGUGUCAGUAAUGUCACUGUAAUGUUGGGUGAGACACAGGAGCACCAGACUUGAUUGCACAACAAUAAUCCCUAACACGGGUUACUGUUGCGGCCAUAACCCACGCCAAGCUAAAACCCAACUCUUAACCCCCCCCCAAGCCCCUAAGCAGCACCGGAACACAUUUACAGCAACAAACACGAGCAUGAGUCUUAUUUAUGUCUUAUUUUCUCUUCUUAUGUCUGCUAUAUUGGGUAAUAGGAGUGUAAAGGUGACUAUAGCGGUGUUAGUUCAUGUCUUGAUGGCAUGGCUAGUAAUAUUAAAAAACAUCUUUAAAAGGUUGUAAACAGGUUUUUAAUGCUCUAUCUAGGAAAAUAUUCCAUUCCUAAAUAAGGAAUCCCACUUUGCAGAAAUUCACUUAUCACAGUAGCGUCUGGAACCAAUUAACUGCGACAAACGUGGAAUUACUGCAUAGUACCUCGCAGCGUGCCACCGCUAGUCGCUUUAGAGGGAGAUGGGGUGUCAUGCUCUGCAGGACCUAUGCUUUUAUUUUGUAUUGUGUGCUUCCUGUCGGGCGUAAUGUGCAGCCGCUUGACGCCGGUGUGCAGUGAAUCACAGCUGUCUGCAAUUAGUUAUCAGUUUAUUAGCCCGGCAGAGUCCUUCUGACUGGGCUGGUUCAUUGUCAUUGUUUUGCUCGUCCAUGCUGUCUCCAUGUUGCAACUUCCCAGGACUUACAUCUUUGUGUUUUCACAGAGCCUUUUUCCUCUGUCGCUUUUUGUUUCCUUUUUCUCUACAAACUGUGUACCUGCACCUGCUCGUGCUUGAUUAAAAGGUUUUAUUUACACGUACCCUUGGUCUAUGCAUACUGGGGGUCUGACAUACAGCAGCUCCACACAAGAAUCCGAACAUGGGGCAGUGCCACAGGAGCUGGAAUCCCGGUAGUAGCAGUAGCCCGAAGACCAGGCUAAAGUCUAGACUGUGACUCUGAUUCCGUCUGUUCUCCAUUGUUCAUGUUUCGUUAUCAUUCAUUGGCGGUGAAUACCUUUCUAUAUUUUACAAUUGAAGAUGCAUUUAAGUACUGUAUUUUAGGGGUUAAGCCUGGCUCUGAUUCUGCCGUAAAUACCUGGAAAUA